GGAGAAAAACAAGACACCAGUGUGCCAUCACGUAACAGAAGACAGGCGUGUGUAUUCAAGUUUUACUUUUAUUGUUUCAGAGUUUUUCUUUCUCUAGUGGAACGUUUGUAGAAACAAAUGGGUAUGACAAUAAUCUUAAUCUUCAGCAUCUUGGCUGUGUCUGUCGCUCAGGGCAAGGUGACUUUAGAGGCGGACAUGCCAUUUAUGAGGACGGCGUUUGGUAAUAAGGCUGAACUGAAGUGCUGCUUCAAGGACGAUGGCAACAAUUCUCCAAACAUCACCUGGUGCAAAUAUCUCAGCAAGGGGUUUAACGUCGUUCAAGUCUCUGACCGCCUGAAUAUGACAUCUGAACGAACGAAUUCCAAAUGGUGUGGAAUUCUAAAAUUUCCGUCAGUGGUGAAAAAUGACACUGGGUUGUACAUGUGUUUGCUGCCUGGCCCGGUCCGCACGCAUGGAACCUACCUGCAAGUCUACAAACCAGUGGAGAAGGUGAUAAACUGCAGUGAAAGUGCCAAAAACAAGAUCCUGACAGCUGAGGGGAUCCUACUGUUACUGUGUGUGUUGGGACCUUCUGCUACCCUUAUAUUCAAGUCAAAGAAGCUGAACCAACUGCAGAGGCAGAAAGAGCAGAAGGAAGAGGAAAACAUAUAUCAGGGGCUAAAUCUGGAUGACUGUUGCACAACGUAUGAUCAAAUCGAACGGUCCCAGGCACAUGGCCCCUACCAGGAUGUGGGCAACAUUAAGGAUGAAGGGGAAGAAAUCCAACUGGAGAAGCCUUAAGUCAGAGAGGAGACAGAAGAUUGUGUGUGUAAUGUCUAAAUAUCAGGCUUCUCUUGUACAUAGCCAAAGUUUACAUUUUUGCCAUAUGAAAAGAUAUGGCUUAAACACAAUCUUACCAGACGCAAGACGUUUUUCUUUGCUGUUGUUGUUGUUUUUUUUUUUUAUGUCUUUUUAUGUCUUUGAAUUAAAUGCUGGUUAUAUGUGCAGAGAAUGCAGGUUAAAACCCUCAGAAUGAUGCAAAUUUAAAUUGCCUUUUACCCAAUCAAGUUUGACAGUUUGCUCGCUUUCCUCUGUAAGUGCUAGAAGAAUAAAACGUGAAUAAAACGGCAAAUGUACCUG